AUGACGAACACAAAGCGCAAGCUCUCCAGCAUUUGCCCUCAGUGCAGUUCUCGAGUAGAGAGAUUCAUUAUUAACACAGAUUGCGAAAUCAGCAUGUGUGAAAGCCUAAAUUGUAGCUAUCCGUUUAAUGAACAAAGUGCAGAGGGGCUUAAUAUUGAGACUCCCAUCACAAGUUUCAUACGGUACAGUAAAAGUAAUAGCAAAGCAUCAUCAUUAUCUAACACUGUUGCUUUGCCAACACCAGAUGAUGCUAAAUCUGCAAAGAAAGCUAGAACUAGCUCCUAUAAGCCUGUUUCAAGCUCUUCUACUGAAAAGAAGCAGAAAGAUAAAUUACAUUUAACAAAGCCAUCAGUCUCUGAUGCACCAAAGCCAACAGUGGCAGCACUGGCAAUAGCUACAUCCAAUCAACACACUAAUGUCCUGCCUGCCAUCGCUACACAGUACCACAUUACCAAGAAUCUUGAGCCAUCGACUGCGAGUACCAACGCAAUCACUUUAUUGACUCCGCCUCCUGAGGCAGACCAUCAAGACACUAUUAAAGACAUAUCGGCUACUACACCACCAUCCUCAUCAUCUGUAUCCUCUGUAUCCUCCACAUCCUCUUCACUUUUCAGCUUGUUUGGCUUUUCAAUGCCAUCACCAACCAACAGUAUCCUCAGUGAUACCUUGAGUCAAUUUGAUUAUAAUAUCACUCAAGCUCCUCCUCCUGCUGCUACCACUUCAUUCAAACGCAAUGAUCCACAAACCCCACCUGCUGUUCCAGGCUUGUGCUUACCUCCUAUGGCUGCCGCUAAAGUUGCCAAGGUUCCUUCAAGUAAUACCCCUAAUAUCAAUGAUUAUACCCUUGGUGACAUUGAAUCUCUCCUCACAAUUGAUAAUGUAAACCCCCCAACACAGUCAGAAGAGCUUUCAUGGAUGGAAGACUACAACGAUCUCUUUAUGUAA